AUGGCAUCUAGCGAAGACCCUAAAUCCAAAGCAGCUACUACCACGAGUAAACAACAGUCGUCUACCGCCCCAGCUUCUGAACUCCCUUCUAACAACAGCAAAAAGCAACAGCAAAGAGGAGAACACGAAUCCAAAAUGUUAUUUGGCACCAAAUUGGAAACUGAAAUAUAUGGUCCAUGGAAAGAUUUCUAUAUUAAUUAUAACCAGUUGAAGAAGUUGCUUAAAGAAGGGGUUAUUUUGAAAAAUAACUGGACUGAUAAAGACGAACAAAACUUUGUUAGUGCUUUGGAUGAAAACUUGGAAAAAGUAUUCACUUUUCAGCACAACAAGUUUGACGAAUUGAAUGAUGAGUUGGACAUCUUGCAACAGCAAACUGAAGUUGCCGAUACUUUUGAUGUUGACGCGUUUUCCAAGAAAUUGGACCAUUUGUUGAAUGAAGCGCAAAAUUUGGAACAUUUUCAACGUUUGAAUUAUACUGGAUUUAUUAAAAUUGUCAAGAAGCAUGAUAGGUUACAUUCUAACUACUCAGUUAAACCAUUGUUGAAUGUUCGUUUGAAGAAAUUGCCUUUCCAUUCAGAAGAUUAUUCUCCUUUGUUGUACAAGAUUGGUACCUUGUUUCAAUUUUUGAGAGAAAACUAUGAAGUUGACCAAUCCUUGUCGAAAUUAUCAUCGUUUAAUGAUGGUGCAUUGAGUGGCGAGUUCCAAUCGUUUAAAUUUUGGGUCCAUCCUGAUAAUUUAAUGGAAGUAAAGACCACCAUUUUGAGACAUUUACCGGUGUUGGUUUACAAUUCGAAAAAAGACGGCGAUAACGAUGACGAUGAUGACGAUGAUGAUGAAGACGAAGAAAAUGGUAAAGAUAACCGACUCACGCAAACUGACCAAACUAUCAAUUGUUUAUACUUUGACAAUGAGCAUUUUGAUCUUUACAAUCAUAAAUUGACCAAACUCAACAAUUCAUCAACUUUAAGAAUCAGAUGGAUUGGGAAAUUAUCUGACAAGCCUAAAAUCACUAUGGAAAGAAAGGAGUUUGAUGUUAAUUCUAAUUUUCACGUUGAUGAUAAAAUCGAAUUGAGACAAAAGUAUAUUAACCAAUUUGUCAUCAACCAUGAUGUUCCCAAGAAGUUUGUUAAGAUCAAUGACGAAGCCACAGUUCAGAGAUUGUUGAAAUUCAUUGAAGAAAACAAUUUACAGCCAAUUUUGAGAACCACUUACAAGAGGACGGCAUUCCAAAUCCCCGGUGAUGACAAGAUUAGAAUUAUCAUUGACUCUAAUUUAACAUUUAUUAGGGAAGAUUCAUUUGAUCCAAUUUUACCCAUCAGAGAUCCUCAUCAAUGGCAUCGUUUCGAUUUAGACAAUUCAAAACGCAAUCAACAAUUUUUAAGAAAAGGUGAAUAUAAUAAAUUCCCCUUCUCAACAAUGGAGAUUAAAAUCAAGAAAUCUUCAGUGAAAAACUUUAAGAAGUUGCAAUGGAUUAAUGAAUUGAUCAACAGUAGCUACCUAGUUAAAGAAAUCCCCAAUUUUUCCAAAUUUAUUCAUGGUGUUGCUUCAUUAUAUUUAGAAGAUGAUAAAUUGGAUAAUAUUCCCAUGUGGUUUAAUGAAUUGGAGGGAGAUAUUAAUGAUGAUUUGCCCAAGUUGCCCACAAAAGUCAACAACGAUGGUAUAACUCAAUUGAGCAAUGAUGACAAUUUAUCUAAAUUCAAAUCAAUGAUUUUGAAAAACAAUGCCUCUGAUUUCCAACCUCGAUCGGCAUCAUUUUCUGGAAGUUUGUUAUACAAAGGAGGUAGCAAUAAUGGUGAUGAGAUUACCUCUGUUUUGGAAACAGGAGGAACAGCAGCAUCAGACAAUUCUAAAAUUGUUCCUGUUAAUGAGGAUGAGGAUGAAGAUGAAGAUGAAGGUAAUAUUUCGCCCACUGGUAAGCCACUGGUGGGACAGAAACAGCAGCAAACUAGCAAUUUCACCACUGAUGACCAAUCAUCUGAUUUUGAUGAAGAUGAGGAUGAAGACAAUGGCUCUGGUCUUGCCAAAGCCAAUAGUUUCAAGAAAUUGAUCAAGUUUCCACAACAAUUUUCCAAAUUGAUUGAUGUUGAUUCUGAAGAUGAAGAAGUUGUAUUGCCUACUGGAGUUGUUAAACCCGACCAAUGGAUUAAAAACAUGGGACCAAUUAAGAUUGAACCAAAAGUUUGGUUGGCUAACGAACGUACCUUUAAUAGAUGGUUACAUGUGACUACAUUGUUGAUGUCAGUUACAUUUAUUAUUUAUUCAUCAACCAUUCGAUCAAAUUUCCAUGACUUGAGCACAUAUUUGGCAUACUUUUAUUUUGGAUUAACGUUGUUUAGCUGUAUUUGGGGUUACUAUAUCUUCAUUGUGAGAAGAAACAUUAUAUUGGAAAGAAGUGAUAAACAUUUGGACAAUUCAAUUGGUCCUUUGAUUAUUGCCUUUGGAUUAAUUGUUGCGUUGAUUAUUAAUUUCGUGUUUGGUUGGAAGAGUUUACAAUUGAAUUACGAAGAUAAUCAGUUUUAUGAGAAUAAUCCAAUGCAUAAAAAGAUUCAUCAAUUUAUGGUGGAAAUGGUUAGCUGA